AUGUACGAUCACCCCUAAAAUGGUUUAAUGGAAGCUCACUCCUUCAACUUGGACUGUCUAUCUUAGGAUAUUCAUCAAAUCAAGCAAACUCUAUAAGGGUGGACAACCAUUUUCAGUCAACUGAUGGAAAUCACAAUUGAAACCCAUAAGCAGAAUCAAUGCAAUGUAAAUCCAUACUCUCUAUUUAAUAAGACAUCGUUAUUGUAAUAGUUAAUGGCAACUCAACAGCGUCGACACAAACACUCAUAGGCCAAAGAUCAAUUAAAAUUGUCCCCAAUAAGACCCAAUAAAACAGAACCAGAUGAAGUAAUCAAACCAGAAAACUUUUCCAAAAUAUUUAAUAACAAUAAGAAGAUUUCUAUUAUGCAACUUUAAGGCACUCCAUUUGAUUCAGCAUUUGAAAGUAUUAAUAAAGAACUUGAAGAGCCUUGUAGGGAAGAUUAGUAUUUGUCUGUGCCUAAAUCCAUGCAAAUGUCAGUCGAUUUAAACAAAUAGAAGAAGAAUCAACAUCUUGAAUUGUAGCAACCAAAAAGUGCUAAGAAUACUUAUGAAAAUAAACAGUUCGCUUUCAAUACCAAAGUUAUGCGUUCCCAGGAUAUCAAAACUAAUAAAGAGAAUCAUCAGCAUCAUUCCUCAAUGAAUAAACCAGAUUCCAAACGUACUCUGGACUAACCCCAAUUAUCAACGGUAGUUGAAGAAAAUUAAUCUCCCUGUAUGAGUCCAAAUGAAAAUAAUUUCAGAUAUUCCAUUGCUUAAUCUCAUAGGUAAUAUGAUUAAUGCAGUACUGCUAAAACAUCAUAAAAUAGUUAGAGACCUCUUAAUUAUUUUCAAUAAUAACAACUUCAAUCAGAAAACAAUAGGUCCUCUUCAAAGUCUUGUUAUGGCAAUCAAUAGGCAUAAAUCUUAUCCAAUAAUACUAAUGUCAUUAAUUAACAGCAGCAGCAAAAUCCUUAACAAUCGACCUAAUAAAAUCCAUUUCUAAACAGUCUCAAUAAUGGGAGCACUAAAAACAUUAAAUAGGUUCAGACAUCUACAAGUAACAUUCCUUUUAAAUAGUAAUUUGAAAUUAUGAACCAAAUUUCGAAUUAAAGAGCUAAAAGUUACAGCGAGCAAAAUUGUAAGAAGUAAUUAAGUAAGCGUUGUUUGGAUAUUGAUCUCUUGGAUAAAUAAUAUGAGACUAGUUAGGAGUUAAUUUGGAAAGCUUAAAAGACAAAGAAAUGA